CAGCCGGGGGGGAUCGGGCUCUGCUCACGGGUAACAAGCGACAGGACGAUAGGAAAUGGCAUCAAGCUGCGCCAGGGGAGGUUCAGGCUGGACAUGAGGAAGAAUUUCUUGUCAGGAAGGGUGGUUAAGGUUUGGAACACACUGCCCAGGGAGGUGGUGAAGUCCCCCUCCUUGGAGGUGUCCAAGGAAAGACUGGAUGUGGCACUCAGUGCUCUGAUCUGGGUGACAAGAUGGUCUGCAUCGAGGGUUGGACUCGAUGAUCUCAGAGGUCUUUUCCAACUUGAUCCAUUCUGUGAUUCCCCAGUGCAUGUUGUCUCCCCCUGGAUAGCAUCAGUUCUGAUGCCAAAAUCCCACUGCUCUGUGGCAGGUGGGAAUUCCUACAGCACCCUGUCCCCAUCCUGUGCAUCUGUGCCUUUAUAACCCCCUCUGUGUUCAUCCUGAGGCCAGUUUUAAAUUGAAGAGAAAAUGUCACUUUACGAUGACUUGGGGGUUGAGACCAGCGAUUCCAAAACAGAAGGCUGGUCCAAGAAUUUCAAACUGCUGCAGUCUCAGUUGCAGGUGAAGAAAGCAGCUCUCACACAAGCUAAGAGUCAGAGAACAAAACAAACCACAGUCCUUGCUCCAGUGAUUGACCUGAAACGAGGCAGCUCCUCUGAUGAGAGACAGAUCGUGGACACACCCCCUCAUGUAGCAGCUGGGCUAAAGGAUCCUGUCCCUAGUGGUUUUUCUGCAGGAGAUGUGUUGAUUCCCCUGGCAGAUGAGUAUGAUCCCAUGUUCCCAAAUGACUACGAAAAAGUGGUGAAACGUCAGAGGGAGGAACGGCAGCGGCAGCGGGAGCUGGAGAGGCAGAAGGAGAUUGAAGAGAGAGAAAAAAGGCGUAAAGACAGACAUGAAGCCAGUGGGUUUUCAAGACGACCAGAUCCAGAUUCUGAUGAAGAUGAAGAUUAUGAAAGGGAAAGACGGAAAAGAAGUAUGGGAGGAGCUGCCAUUGCACCACCCACUUCUCUCGUGGAGAAGGACAAAGAGCCUGUAGCAUCAUUCCCAUAUGAGGAGGAGUCAAGACCUCGGGCACCUUCUUCCAAAGCAGCAAUUCCUCCCCCGGUGUACGAUGAGCCAGAGAGACCUCGUUCCCCCACAGGACCCAGCAACUCCUUCCUCGCCAACAUGGGGGGGACAGUAGCUCACAAAAUCAUGCAGAAGUAUGGUUUCAGAGAGGGCCAGGGGCUGGGCAAGCAUGAACAGGGGCUCAGCACAGCACUGUCAGUAGAGAAAACAAGCAAGAGGGGUGGCAAGAUCAUUGUUGGUGAAUCUACAGAGAAAGAAACGGGCAAGAAGGCGGAUUCCAACCCCUUAACUGAGAUCCUGAAAUGCCCAACUAAAGUGGUCUUACUGAGGAAUAUGGUUGGUGCUGGGGAGGUGGAUGAAGACCUUGAAGUUGAAACUAAGGAGGAAUGUGAGAAAUAUGGCAAGGUUGGGAAAUGUGUCAUCUUCGAGAUCCCUGGUGCCCCUGAUGAUGAAGCUGUAAGAAUAUUUUUAGAGUUUGAACGGGUUGAAUCUGCCAUCAAAGCUGUUGUGGAUCUAAAUGGAAGAUAUUUUGGAGGCAGAGUGGUGAAGGCUUGUUUCUACAACCUGGACAAGUUCAGAGUGCUGGAUCUGGCGGAACAAGUUUGAUUUUAAAAAUCUAGCUCGAGGUGUCAUUGUUUUGGCAAUCACGUUUUCAGCAGUAGGCUGGGAAUAAGGAAGAGAAAAGUAGCUUUCCUAGCAGACUGGAAACAAGCCUCAUUGAAUGGAUUUUACACAUUCGUUGUGACUUAUGUUUUUUUGUAAUAUAAAGCCCUUUGAAAGUAAAAUUCACGUCUGUGUAGUUUUGAAUUGCACAUUUCCGCUUUCUGCUCUGGGGAUCCUGGUUUUUUUGAGCUUUCAGAUGACUUUGCUCUGUUGAAAACCCACUGCUGAGGAGAUGCUUUGUCUGUAUUCCUGCUUUCUUUGUUCUGGUGCUUCAUCAUGGAGUCCCUGUGCUGGAUCCACAAUAAGUGUGAAGCUUUUGGACAAGGACUGUGUGCUAUGAUCUUCUCUUCCCUGAUGGUCUCUCCUAGAGUUAGAGCCUUGCUCUCCUGAGUCUUCAUCUCUGCACCAGUGCUUUGGGUCAUUGGACAGUUGCAGCUGGUUUGUUCUCCUGACUCCAGGACAAAGCUUCUGUGCCAGAAUGGAGACUGAAAUAACAAGGAUUGAGUCUGUCUUCCCAGAGCAAAAGAAAAUCCAUGUCUAAUCCAGGGAAAUGGAAAGAGGAGGGAAUUUAAUGGACUAUUAGCAGGACUCUGUGCUGUUGGGCAGUCUGUGCUGGGAAUAUCCAGGGAUAACUGAUUUCAGGUCAUUAGUAGGGA